AUGUCAACAAGUGGUGAGUAUCCGCCUGUUAGAUAAUGUUUCAAUUAAUACUGCCCUAGUUCCUUUGAUUUAAAAGCGGCCAAGUUUUCAGAUUCAACAAUCCUAUUAUGCUGUACUUGCUAUGAACUUUACAAGAGAAGGAAGUGCUGCUACUUUUGUGCUCAAGUCUAUAAGGAUGACGAACAGAACUUCCUUGAUGGCAAAAAGUGGGUUCAAUGUGAUAACCAGCGUUGUGGGAAAUGGACACACAUUGAUUGCGAAGUAUCAGACAUCGAAUCGCAAUUGUAGCAUAGAAGUUUCAGAUACAAAUGUCCGUGGUGUAGGAUAGAGAUAGAUAAAAAGAAAAAGUAAUCACAAAUUACAAAAUCAUCAAUAAAUUAAGAUUAAGCAGAUUAGUCUGAUUAAGAUCCAGAAUAUAUACAUUCUUUAAUUAAAAAAAUCUCUUUAGAAGAAGCCAGCAUUUAAUAAAUCUAUGAGCCUUGGUUGAAAAAAAAUACAUUCUUAGAAGAAUUGCUAAAAAAAAAUGGAGAGUUUACUUAGUGCAUAAAUUAAGAGGAACUGCAAAGCGACUUGAUUAAAAUGAGGAAUUUACUAAAAAAAUGAUAUUAAUUUAUUAUAGAUUCUAAUAUAUAUUUAGUA